AUGAAUUUGGCAAAUUUCUCCUACUAUUCAGGUAUGUGUACCAUGACUGUGGAUUCACAGCACUCACCCACUGAGGCUUCCAGCCCCAUGGGGAGCUCCCCCAACAUGUCCAUGGACUCCCCAGGAUCCGUCAGGGUCAAGGAGGGGGUUUUAAUCAAGUCGGAGCCAAAGGGGAGCUGCAGCCCGGCGGAUGAGGUCGGUGUUGGCCACCAAGACGAGCACCUCCAAGCUUCGGGGGGAAGGAGAAGAAAGCGUCCUGUCCAGCGGGGAAAGCCACCCUACAGCUACAUCGCCCUAAUUGCCAUGGCUAUAGCCAAUUCUCCAGAGAGGAAGCUAACCCUCGGAGGGAUUUACAAGUUCAUCAUGGAGAGGUUCCCCUUCUACAGAGAAAACUCAAAGAAAUGGCAGAACUCCAUCAGACACAACUUAACCCUCAAUGAUUGCUUUGUGAAAAUCCCAAGAGAACCGGGUCACCCGGGGAAGGGCAACUACUGGACUCUAGACCCAGCAGCAGAGGACAUGUUCGACAAUGGGAGCUUCCUCAGGAGGAGAAAGAGGUUUAAGAGGACAGAUAUUACCACCUACCCAGGAUACAUGCAGAACAGCAGUGCUUUUACUCCCACCCCAGCUGGAAGACCCUCAUUUCCUAACAGUCUCUACUCCAGUGCUGGAUCUGGGUACAACCACCAGUUACACUCAACAUCCCACCACCCAGCAAUGAUCCAUCACUACCAGGCUCCUGGUGGCCCUGGGCAAGCACAGCACAGGAUGUUCAGCAUAGACAGUUUGAUAAGCCAGCAGUCCCUGAUGCAGCCGUCUCCUGGUUCAGAACUCAAUCACCACUCAAUGGGUUUAAAUGGAGACCUUGAGAACCUGGGUAACAGCUGUUCUGUAGGAGAUCUCUCCUGCUUUCAGACUCAGCCAGUUAGCCCUACAGGUGUAGGGUCCCUCAUAAACAGAUCGACCAACUCAAUGUCCUCCAAUUUAACCUAUUCAUACUCCUCGUCUCCACCUCACAUCUCGGUGCCUCAGGCCAGUUAUUCUCCCACAAAUUCCCAGAUAUAUGGCACCCCCAACAGACUCUCAAUGAGGCCUGGGACCUGUAUAGGACACACAGAACAGCUCCUGACGUUACCUACUCCACAAAUGAAUGGGGUUUGCCAAUAUAACAACAAUUCCUAUAUGAGACAAGCCAACUUUUCUUCCGGGCUAGAAAGAUACAUGUAG